CACACAUCCAGUUUUCUUAAAUAAGAAUAAUUGUAAGUGCUUUAUUUACAAAGUAUUGUGGAAGCCUUAAGACUGGCUGAUCUGUGGUCACAAUACAUUAGAACGGCUUAUUUCAGUUUUCUGCAGAGCUAAAGGCUAGAUGUGAAUUUUCAAGGUGUCCUUUUAGAGAAGACCAGCACCACACUCUUGCAGUUAACUCACUCCUUGGCAAGCAACUCAGAAAGAGAUCCACAGAGUCAAGAGAAGCAAAGUUGUAAAACCUGUAGAAUCAAUAAUAAACUUAAUGGUGUUUGGGUUUCUUAGGUCUCCCCUUGAAAACUUUAAAGUGAUUCCGUUGGUAAUUUAAUGUAGCUCUGCAAUCAGUUAUAAUAAGCACACCAGAAAAUGGACAGCUAUUCUCUCCGUUCCCUUUCUGUGUUUACAUAGUUUCUCUUGACUUUGCUUUCCCAUCAUGCCUUGCUGUUCAAAGUAAAGGCUGCGAGUCAUGGCAGGAGGACGGGAAAGAGUGACUCAUAUGCUGAAACAACUUUAUCGAGCCUCGUGCAUGUGUCCUGCUCAUUCCCACAGUUAUUCUCAAGGUAUUGAAAAAGUUGUUUCAGGAAAAACAGAAUAUGCUUUUGAGAUGUCUCUUUCUAAUAUCCGAUAUGGAAAGGGUGUUACUAAAGAAGUGGGAAUGGACCUGCAGAACUUGGGUGCUAGAAGUGUUUGUGUGGUGACAGAUAAAAAUAUUUCUCAGCUCCCUCCUCUGAAAGCGGUAUUGGAUUCUCUAACAGCAAAUGGUAUAAACUUCCAAAUAUAUGACAAUGUAAGGGUGGAGCCAUCAGACCAGAGUUUCAAGGAUGCCAUUGUCUUUGCAAAAAAGAGGGAGUUUGACUCUUACGUUGCUGUAGGCGGAGGUUCAGUGAUAGACACUUGUAAAAUAGCCAAUCUCUAUGCAUCCAGCCCAGAGUCAGACUUCUUGGAUUAUGUCAAUGCUCCCAUUGGAAAGGGCAAGCCUGUUAAAGUCACUCUUAAGCCACUGAUAGCAGUUCCUACAACAGCUGGAACUGGAAGCGAAACUACUGGAGUCGCUAUUUUUGAUUACAAAGAACUAAAAGUAAAAACUGGCAUUGCUUCAAGAGCCAUUAAGCCCUUCUUGGGCAUCAUUGACCCUUUACAUACUUUCCAUAUGCCUGAACGGGUGAUGGCUAAUAGUGGCUUUGAUGUGCUCUGCCAUGCCCUCGAAUCCUAUACUGCUCUUCCGUAUAAUCAGCGUAGCCCCUGUCCUUCAAAUCCAAUGAACCGACCAGCUUACCAAGGAAGCAACCCUAUCAGUGAUGUCUGGGCCAUCCAUGCAUUAAGGAUUGUUUCUAAAUAUUUGAAGAGAGCCAUCAAGAACCCAGACGACCAAGAAGCAAGGGCUAAAAUGCAUUUGGCAAGUGCUUUUGCUGGCAUGGGCUUUGGAAAUGCUGGUGUACAUCUUUGCCAUGGCAUGUCCUACCCAAUUUCUGGCUUGGUGAAGAAUUAUAAAGCAAAGGAUUAUAAUGUGGAUCAUUCUUUAGUGCCACAUGGCCUUUCUGUUGUCCUCACAUCCCCAGCAGUGUUUACUUUCACAGCACCAAUGUGCCCUGAACGUCACUUGGAAGCUGCCCAGAUUAUGGGAGCGAACAUCAGCACAGCCAAAAUGAAAGACUCUGGGCUUAUCUUAGCAGACACUCUCCGGAAAUUCUUGUUUGAUCUGAAUGUUGAUGAUGGCUUAGCUGCUCUUGGUUAUUCCACAGCUGAUAUCCCUGCCUUAGUUAAAGGCACACUGCCUCAGGAAAGAGUGACUAAAUUAUCUCCACGUUCCCAAACUGAAGAAGAAUUAUCUGCCUUAUUUGAAGCUUCUAUGAAACUCUAUUAGCAUCACACAAUCUAAUAUUUUUCAGUAGUUUGUAAGCUUUUAUUCAAAGGGGAUGGAGUAAUUCAAAUGAUUACUGUUCUUUAUUUAGAAUUUAUGCUCACUUUUGUAAUCGGAAAUGUUUACUUUUCAUUUACUGGUGUCUAGUUUAAUUGGAAACUGAUUACAGCUUUCCCUUCCGCAGACAAACUAGAGGUAGUAUGAUCUAUCAAGUCGCAAUCUGUUUGAUAGAUUUACUAUAAUAUGCACUUGUGAAUUUUAAGUCUUAAAAGUAACAGAAAAGCUGUUUUUAUUUUGCCCUACUGUUAUAUUACAUUGUUGUUUUAUAUUCUUCUAUUGGUGCAUGGUUUAAAAAUGCACCAGUAUAACCAUUAAUUUCCUAGCUUGAUUUUCCUCUGAAUCAGUUGUGACAAAUAAAAAUAAACUUU